AUGGCUUAUAAUACCGCGAUAUUAAAGAUAUUUAGGAACUUUAAUUUCAUAGUCGACACUGAGGGCAAAACAGGCAUGAAUAGUCGGGGAGGGAAGGGGGGGGGGGGUUUAGGGGGGUGGGGGGGGGGGGUGGGGGGGGGGGGUUGUGGGUGGAGGGGGGGGGGGGGGGGGGGGGGGGGGGGGGUGGGUACAUACACACACUACAUAUACACAAGUACAGAGGGCACGCGAAAACGAGCAAACAGUGUCUAA